GGGUUCACAGUAUAAAACUAAGGGAAGACAAGAAGCAUAGGAGAAGUUGAGGAAAAGAGAAAGAUGAACUUGGCAUAUUUGGUCCAUUGACAAAGCUGAUCAGUGAUCAAAUCUAAAAACUAGCAUUCAAGCAGACUGACGAAGUCCCAAGAAGGAAGCUGCUCCCAUCUUGGUUUCCCCUUCAACCUUUGGCAGUGCUUAAUUGAGGAAUGGAGUGAUGGUGGUGGGGAUCAUGAGGUUGCAAACGGCUGCCAAGUUAUUUUGUAAGUUGUUCUGCACCUGGCCAUGUCGUCUAUAUUGCCGUUUACCCCACCUGUUGUGAAGAGACUGCUAGGGUGGAAGAAGUCUGCUGGUGGUUCAGGAGGUGCUGGUGGGGGUGAGCAGAAUGGUCAGGAAGAAAAAUGGUGUGAGAAAGCAGUGAAAAGUUUGGUCAAGAAGCUCAAGAAGACAGGGCAACUGGAUGAGCUUGAAAAAGCAAUCACCACUCAGAACUGCAAUACAAAGUGUGUUACAAUACCAAGCACUUGCUCUGAAAUUUGGGGACUGAGUACACCAAAUACGAUAGAUCAGUGGGAUACAACAGGCCUAUACAGCUUCUCUGAACAAACCAGGUCUCUUGAUGGCCGCCUGCAAGUAUCUCACCGUAAAGGAUUACCACAUGUUAUUUACUGCCGCUUGUGGCGCUGGCCCGACCUUCACAGUCACCAUGAACUUAAGGCAAUUGAAAACUGUGAAUAUGCUUUUAAUCUUAAAAAGGAUGAAGUAUGCGUAAACCCAUACCAUUACCAGAGAGUGGAAACUCCAGUUCUGCCUCCUGUCCUGGUGCCACGGCAUACUGAGAUUCUGACCGAACUUCCACCACUUGAUGACUAUACUCAUUCCAUUCCCGAAAACACUAACUUUCCAGCAGGAAUUGAACCACAGAGCAAUUACAUACCAGAAACUCCACCUCCCGGCUAUAUCAGUGAAGAUGGAGAAACAAGUGACCAGCAGUUAAACCAAAGCAUGGAUACAGGGUCCCCGGCCGAGCUGUCUCCUAGUACACUCUCUCCUGUUAAUCACAGCUUAGACUUGCAGCCUGUUACCUAUUCAGAGCCAGCAUUCUGGUGUUCAAUAGCAUAUUAUGAACUAAAUCAGAGAGUGGGAGAAACUUUCCAUGCCUCGCAGCCUUCACUCACUGUAGACGGCUUUACGGAUCCAUCAAACUCUGAAAGAUUCUGCCUAGGUUUGCUCUCCAACGUUAAUAGAAAUGCCACUGUGGAAAUGACGAGACGGCACAUAGGAAGGGGAGUGCGCCUGUAUUACAUUGGUGGGGAAGUUUUCGCUGAGUGCCUAAGCGAUAGUGCAAUCUUUGUUCAGAGCCCCAAUUGUAAUCAGAGAUAUGGCUGGCAUCCUGCAACUGUGUGCAAAAUUCCACCAGGCUGUAACCUGAAGAUCUUUAAUAACCAGGAGUUUGCUGCUCUUUUGGCUCAAUCUGUGAAUCAGGGCUUUGAAGCAGUGUAUCAGCUGACUCGAAUGUGUACCAUACGGAUGAGUUUUGUUAAAGGAUGGGGAGCUGAGUACAGGCGGCAAACAGUAACAAGCACUCCUUGUUGGAUUGAGCUUCACCUGAAUGGGCCUCUACAGUGGCUUGAUAAAGUAUUGACUCAAAUGGGCUCUCCAUCAGUACGCUGUUCCAGCAUGUCGUAAAGCUGCUUCUCAUUACUGGUGGGCUUAAAAUAGGAAGUCCAGGCAACAGACUUAAAUCUAACAACUCGUCUGUCGUAGUAACUCGUGUGUGGUCUCCAUGAACUGUUUCCUAUCCAAAAAGUUCUGAGAGAGAGAGAGAGAGAGAGAGAGAGAGAGAGAAAGCACUUGAGGGUCUCGUCAGUUUUAAAGCACCUUGUGGAUUUUGUUUCCUAUACUCUGAUAACUAGAUGAAACGUUAGUGUAUAGAAAAGCCUUCUUUUGAAGGAGGGAGGGACAAUUUAAAGACUUUAAUGGUGUCUUUAUUGGGUAUAUAUAAACUGAGUGUCCUAAAGGUUUACCAAUAACAUGGAUGGUUUUAAUGUAUCUUGGACUCCCCCUCCCCCCAAUAUGACACCGUUCUGCUGUCCUGAGUUUUCCCAUUGUUAGAUACUUGGAGCUCUUUUGAUCUAGGCAGCCAUCUCAUAAAAAGCCCAAGUUCUUGCUUCUCCAUAUUUUUUAUAUUUUUAUAUAUAAAUAUAUAUGCAGGCUUUCCGCUGCCCUAUAACAGACUUUUAUUACAGAAAAGCUUCCCCCUCGAUACACAUUCCUUGUGUACUAGCUGCCUCCUUAAACCUCUCUUUGGAAAGGGAACAUUUCUUGUUUCCUCUCUUGAAAUCUUGGCCCUUGAUUGUGCUUUAAUGAACCCUAAAUAUCCAAUGUAAAUUUGGAUCUCUUUCUCCCCACACCCUCCACUUCCAAAUCAUGUUUAAGAAAAAUUCCUCUGUUGCCUGUCCAGGGCGAUGCACCUGUUGCUGGCAGUGGGUGCUGUGACACCUUUUUGUCUGAAAACACGGGCGAGCACUCUUGAAAGAUGCACUGAUGGGUCAGUGCACCUGCAACAUUACCUGGUUUCUUCACCACGGUCAAGAGGUGAGGAACAGGCUGGUGACCAUGCAUCGCAGUCUCCUUGAGUGCCUCCUAGGCCUGCAUUUCUUCCCGGACUGUGGUUAAGCAGUACUGUGGUGCCAACGUUCAUUGUGGAUCAUGGUUUCUUCUUCACCUUCUCUUUCAAGCAGGAUUUGAAAGCAUUAAGGUAGCCCUCAUCGUGGCUAACAUUGCUACGAUGGGGCUGUAGUCAGUGGGAUACAUCCAGUGCUAGUCUAACUUGAGCCCCAGUCACUUCAUUGGCUUUAAGUGAGACUAACAUUGGUUGCAAGCCAUGGUAAUGCUUAACCUGUGGUCCAGGAGACAGGAAGGAUUCACACCUGUUUCAGCCUCUCUUAAGCGUCUGCACUAGCUCUCUGUCCCCAAAGCCACAAAUGUUAAUGCUAACUCUGCAGCCUCAUGCAUCUGUCACAGAAGUAGCCUUUUUUAGGAGCAGUUUCUGAAUCUUGCCCCCCCUCCCCCAGAUGUGUGUUACAGCUCCGUCAUUGCCUUUGCAUAGAAUUUUGGUUUGCACAUAACGAUCACCUAGAGUAUGGGUUGAAUCAUGGAUUUUUGUCACUUGCAGAACCUGCACUGUGUAUCAACAACUGGGUUGUUAACUGUUAAGAACCUGGGAAGAGUACGAUGGCUUGUUGUCAGGUUGUGAGCUCUAGGCUAUUCGUGGUUACAACCCAUAGUUGAAGUAUAGUGUGGGGUUCAUGUGUAAUGACCACUCGCAAUUCAGAAAGAAAUUGGACAGCAUAGAAAUAAAAUAAGUAAGUAAAAUAAAUAAAACUAUAGACCAUACUUUGGGUUGCCAUUAUAUGCAGACUAGGUCAGAGUGCAUUCAAAGAAGUACCCCUGUGUUUUUUCAUAAAGAAAAGGAGCAACAGCCGCAAGGCGGUGAUGCUUCUUGUGUGUCCUGAAGCCAUCCACAAUAAGAACUUUCGGCAGGGAUGGGUAUGUGGAACGCGAAAGCGUGGCUGAACUCAAGGCAAGUUCCCACUUCCCUGUCCCGGUCCCUUUUCUGGUCCUCCAUCUUCCACCACUGCUCUAGCAGGACUCCCGGUAUGCCACACAGCAAUUGGACUUGGAUUUAAAAAGAAGAGAAUGGGGUGAAGAAUAUGUUAGUUCCUUGGAAGAUUUAAAAGGGGAUAGUAAUGCUCCACAAGUUAGCCUGGCAGUCCUGAAAGUGUUCCCCUCCCUUGCCACACAGUGGAAUGAACUUCCAGAAGGGUUUGAAUGUAAAGUGUGGCGAAGCUGUAAGUCUUUCAGGGUGGUCAGAUCAAAGCAAUAUGGCUUAAUCUAGGAGGAUCCAUUAUGGAAGGAAUGGACCUUGCAGAAGCAUUUGUUUCUGCAGCCUCCCUGGGCUCGGUGUUGCUCGAGGUGUGUGAUCAGCAAAAGGAAGACUCCAUAGUACAUGUUAUUGUGAACCCUUGGACACUAUUUCUGGACCUUGCUUUAAACAAUACUUUGAACUAUAUUCUACAAAUAAGUUGGGUUGGGUAAGGGUUGGGAAACUGUAUAGAAGGGUUCUUCUGACUUGAAAAGUAUACAUCUUACUAACAAUCUUGUGAUCUAGCUGUCUGUCAUUCUCGUUGUUGUGGCAGUAGCAGGAUUGCCUUUUGUCUGUUUUCUUUUCCUUCUCCUCCCCUCACCCCAGACCGUUUGUUUGCACUAGUGCUGUACUUUGUAAGUACACCUAGCAGCAACUUCAGCUUUGAGAACAAAUGUGGCCAGUGUUAAGCUUUGUAAUCAGCUGACUGAAUGGAUGAUAGCAGUGGAUAUAUUUAUGCCAUAAUAAAUAGGGCAUAGGAGCAAUACCAAAAACCAAGCCUGGGGGUGGGGCGGGGCAUCAGAAUGGACCAGGCAGUUUAAAAGAAUUGGCAAUUACCAAUUUGUGUAGUUUUACCAGUAGACUAAUGUAUUGGUAGAACUCGUGAACCUAAGAGAUAAGCUUUCAUGCGUGUUGCAUUUGCCUAAUAUGUGAAUACACUAAUAAAAGUUUUAAUUCUCA